CAGAGUGAGCCCUCCUCGUACCGUUCUCCUCCAAUCAGAGGAUCUUUGAUCACUAAUCAAGCAGCAGGAUGGCAGGCAGCGCGUGGAGGUCAAUGCUGUCUCAGGUGGUGGGGGGGGCAACAAGGAGACACACUCUGUCCUCAGCUUCCUUCUCCAGAGGGAUGCAGACGGUCACACUGAUCCCAGGUGACGGGAUCGGACCAGAGAUCUCUACGGCCGUCAUGAAGAUCUUUGAGGCUGCAAAGGCUCCGAUCAGCUGGGAGGAGAGGAACGUGACGGCCAUUAAAGGACCGGGUGGAAGAUGGAUGAUCCCUCCUGAUGCUAAAGAGUCUAUGGACCGCAGCAAGAUCGGCCUGAAGGGACCCCUGAAGACCCCCAUUGCUGCAGGCCACCCCUCCAUGAACCUGCUGCUGAGGAAGACCUUUGACCUGUAUGCCAACGUGAGGCCUUGUAUCUCCAUCGAGGGCUACAAGACUCCGUACACCGACGUCAACCUGGUGACCAUCCGGGAGAACACGGAGGGCGAGUACAGCGGCAUCGAACACGUGAUCGUGGAGGGUGUGGUCCAGAGCAUCAAACUGAUCACCGAGGACGCCAGCAGACGCAUCGCUGAAUACGCCUUUGAGUACGCCAGAAACAACCAGAGGACGAGUGUGACGGCUGUUCAUAAGGCCAACAUCAUGUGAGGGGGG